UUUAAGCUCUCAAAAAUUUCUCAACCCUUCCACUCUGUAGGAAAACAGUUUAGCAGCAUCUGCCAAACUGAAGCUGGACUAAUGAUCUGUAUUCUGCUGGUCGCCGGUCACGGCACCGUCUUAGAGACACAGAUCAAGGAUGAUGUCACCGGCCUGUACAGCCACCUGGCCGGGGUCCCAAAGGCCCUGCUCCCUGGCAUCGGAGGCAAGAAGAUCCUUGACUUUUGGUGGGAAACUGUUAAGAUGCGGCAGCUCUUCACAGAAGUGUAUCUGGUCACAAAUGCAGACAAGUAUAAGCACUACGAGCGCUGGGCCACGGCCAAUGACUUCCCUGUGGAGAACGUGGUCAAUGAUGGCAGCACUACACUGGCUGACCGUCUUGGAGCCGUAGCUGACCUGGAGCUGGCCAUACGCAGUCGCAAGCUGCAGGACGACAUCAUGGUGAUUGCGGGUGACAUGCUCUGUGCGGACCAGAACUUUGACAUUGCUCAGGUCAUCCGCUUCUUCAGGUCAAAGCCUGGGGAGCUCAUCAUUUACUACGAGCUGGAGGAGAGUGAGAGGAGCAACUCCAGGGGCAUCGUGGAGGUCUGCCCUGACACCAACAGAAUAACUCGCUUCUUGGAGAAACCUCCGGCAGGUACGACAUCAUCAAGGCUGGCCAGCGUGGUCUUUUACUGCAUCCAGAAGGACACACUGUCCCACCUGUCUGACUUCCUCAAGCUGCAGCCACAAGCCACAGACAGGUCGCUGGGAAGAUUCUGGGAGUGGCUCAUCAAUGAGAAACAGCUGCAUGUGUUUGGGAUGAAGCUGCCUACUGGCUUCCAGCUUAUUGGACAAGUGGGCCUGUCAGAUUACACCAAGUGGCUCACCCACUACUCGUCCAAGGGGCAAGACAAUGCUGCUAAACCAAUCACGUGCAGGUCAUAUGCCAGGGUCGGAUUAAUGGGGAAUCCCUCAGAUGGAUUUAAUGGGAAAACCAUCGCCAUGUCCAUCUCCAACUUCUGGGCUGAGGUCACUCUAGUGGAGAGUCAAACUUUGGUUUUGGUGCCUCACCCACUCAAUGAUCCUACAGAGUUCGGGAGUUUACAAGAUCUGUUCUGUAUCAGCAGGAAGGAAGGAUAUUUGGGAGGUCUGCGGCUGCUGCAGGCCACCUGUAAGAAGUUCUACCAGUUCUGCUCCAAACAUGGCAUUGCUUUGACAAAGCAGAACUUCACUCUCAAAUACGACACCAACAUUCCUCGGCAGGUGGGUCUUGCUGGAAGCAGUGCCAUCGUCUCAGCUACCCUGAAGUGUCUUAUGAAGUUCUACAACAUCACAGACAAUGAUCUCCCAAAACCAAUCCGUGCCAACUUCAUCCUCAAUGUGGAGACUGAUGAACUUUUCAUUACUGCUGGUUUGCAGGACAGAGUCGUUCAGGUCUAUGAAGGUUUAGUCUACAUGGAUUUCAGCAAAAAGCUCAUGGAUGAGCAGUGCUAUGGAAAUUAUAUUGCUUUGGACAUGAGUGACCUUCCACAGUUCUGGCUGGCCUACCUGAGCGACCCCAGUGACUCUGGACGCAUUCACAGCAACAUCCGACAGCGCUGGCUCAGCGGUGAGCCUCUGGUCGUUGAGGCCAUGAAGACCUUUGCUGAGUUAACUGAUAAUGCAAGGGCAGCUCUGCAGGACAGAGACUGGAGCCGACUGGCACAGCUGAUGGACCAGAACUUUGAGCUGAGGAGGUCUGUCUACACGGAUGACUGUCUGGGUCCUGGGAAUCUCAAAAUGGUUGAGCUGGCGAGGCAGUUUGGCUCAGCAGUGAAGUUACCAGGCAGUGGAGGGGCCGUGGUGGGUCUCUGUCUGGACCAGGCAAGACUGGUGGAGAUGAGGCAAGCUUUCCAGGAGGCUGGCUGUGUCUUCUGUGUCAUCACACCAUACAAUCCAUUUGCCAGCACAGCUGGUGGCCAACACUAACUUCAGAUCUCACCACGCCUUAGUAAGGCUGCACAAGGCCAAUUUACAGCAUUAGUUGGAUACAGCAGUGUGGACCUCAAGUUGUCCGACAGGGUCCCAAAAUCAUUUCAGAGGAUUAUUUUAAGACAAUUCUUGCCAAAAAAAAUCAUGAUGAGAUACAUUAAUUAUUCUGGAAAACAUAUUGUACAUUUAUCAUUCAGACUUUCAUGAGCAGUAGUCUGUGGUGAUAGUUUGUCCGAUAAUUGUCAGAAACCAGAUAUUUUGUUGCAUUUUACUUAUGGAAUAUUUGUUGAAUCAGCAGGUGUGUUCAAAUUAUAAUUAGGUAUAAUGGAGUAAUGACCCUUGUGCCAAACAAUGUACAAAAUCUAUUUUUAAAAUAAUAAUAUAAUGAUUUUUUUUCUAUGUGUGACUCAAUUGUAUAGACUUAAUUCCUUAGUCAAUAUUAUUAAUAUUACAUAUAAUGAAUGUUAUCUGUGUAUAUAUAUUAAAAGCAAAUGUG